CAGCGAGGUGAGUCGACCCAGUACCGUAGAGAGCCAUGCACUGCGUGCACAGGGUUUGCUGAAUUGGCAGUGCACACUCACAGCCACAACCCAAAUAGUAAUCAAAACAUGGCGUCUGAGAAUCAAAUCUCCGAUCAGGAGAAGGUGCGAAUCGUGUCCGACUUUAUCCUACAUUCACCACCUGGCGAAUUCAACGAAGUGUUCAACGACGUGCGGAAACUGCUCAACAACGACGACCUUCUAAAGGAGGGCGCCGGCAGCGCGUUUGCCCAAUACAACAAGGACCAGUUGACACCCGUGAAAAUCGAAAAUGCCGAAACACCAGUGCUAAUAACCGAGCACAACGACUUAGGUAGCAACCGGUUCUUCGAUCCACGCUCGAAGCAGUCCUUUAAGUUUGACCACUUACGGAAGGACGCUUCGGACUACCAGCCACACACGCCCGAUCCAGCCGCUGAGCCGCUGCGCGCAGCCCUCGACGCCGAGUUCCAACUGUACACACGCAACCAUUACAAAGACGGCGUGUGCAGUGUGGUGGGUAAGAGUCUACCUGGUGGCGUUGUUCAACUUGCCGCCUGCAUUGAGGAUCACCAGUUCCAGCCAAAGAACUACUGGAAUGGCAGGUGGCGCUCUAACUGGACAAUCACUGUCAACGGCAACUCGCUGGCGGAGCUAAAGGGAGUACUCAAGGUGCAGGUUCACUACUAUGAGGAUGGCAAUGUACAGCUGGUUAGCUCCAAGGAAAUCAAAGAGGCUGUGACAGUCACUAGCGAGUCGCAAACCGCCAAGGAGAUUGUUCAAAUGAUUGAGGAGGCGGAAAACUUCUACCAGAAAGCUAUUUCCGAUAACUAUCAAACCAUGUCCGAUACGACUUUCAAGGCGUUACGGCGAUUGCUGCCCGUCACGCGCACCAAAAUGGACUGGGGCAAGAUUGUAUCAUAUAAAAUAGGCAAGGAACUCAAAACACAAUGAUUGUAAUUUUAAGCGACAGCCUUCCUUGUUAUUAAAUUGCUUAGGAAAGUUAUGUACAUAAAGAAUACUUGAUUUAUUAUAUUAUGAGUUCGAGCAGCGGGAAGUUUUAAACGAGACGUGCAACACGAACAUUUUGUGAGGACCUUGCCAGCGAACAUGUAACGCCGCGAGUUUUAACAGAUAGCAUUUCGAUAUUUACCUAUUAAACAGUAUAUGUGAUUCACUGCUGAAUCAGAUAUGAAUGCAUAACAUAGAUAUUUUAUUUCUUUGCGCUCAUAUUUAUCGAAACAUUCGACUUAUUUUUACGUCUGUCAUCAUUUAAUCAAAGAAAUUAUACAUUAUCAAUAUUGUUCACAUUAAUAUUAUAUAUUCUUUAUUAACAAAUUCAAUUGUGAAUAUAUUACGUUUUACGAG